UUUCACCAGCCGUCACAUAAUCACUCCUCACACAUUUAGACUGCAAAUUGUUUUUAUACCAUUUCUAGAUAUUUCUAAGUAAAUUGCGAGUGGGAAUUGCCGUCAAGAUGCUAGCUCGCGCUAUCCGAGUGCGUCCUGUGAUGCGGGGCAUCGCCUCGACGUCGAUGUGGACCAGGAACCGUCCCGCCCAGAGUUCCCUGAUUCAAUACUGCCGGGAUCAGACGACGCGCCUUCAGCGAUUCCAUGGAGCAAAUUUGAUGGUGCAGCGCUUUUACAGUCGCAAGCGGGACGACCCUGACGAAGAUCUAAUGGAGAAUCAGGGUCCCGAACUGAUGUCCGAUCGGGAUCCCCAGUUGCCGGCCACGGUAGCUGUCCCGGAUGUCUGGCCACAUGUCCCGCUGCUGGCCAUGCGCAAGAAUCCCCUCUUUCCGCGUUUCAUGAAGAUCGUGGAGGUCUCCAAUCCAAUCAUUAUGGACCUGCUGCGGCGCAAAGUCAAACUAAAUCAACCUUACGUGGGCGUAUUUCUUAAGAAAUCCGAUGGCGAGGAAGAGCUCAUCCACAAUUUGAAUGAUGUCUACACUCUCGGCACUUUUGCUCAAAUCCAGGAGCUCCAGGAUUUGGGUGACAAACUGCGAAUGGUUGUGGUGGCCCAUCGCCGCAUUCGAAUCACUGGACAGGUGGUCGAGGAUCUGCCACCUCCUAAACCCGUGAAAAUGACCACUUUGCAUUAUCCACUAUUUAAUAUAAAAUUACAAAUCCCAGCUGAAGAUCAAACGACUGAUCAAGCGGAGGCAGCGUCAAUGAAAUCGAGAUCCGAGACAGCCCGUAAGCCACGUGGCCGGGUUCCCAGGAGUCGGGCUGGCAAGUUACGCGAGCCGGCUGCCGCUGAAGAAAUUGUUCAAAGCCAGACACUGGAACCACCACUGAAAUCAGGCAAAGUUGAGUCUGUGAGUUCGCCCAAGCCUCCCACAGAAGCAAAUCUAGUGGAAGCCACGGCCACUGGACAGCCAGGAGCCGAAGGAGAAGCCACACAAACUUCGUCCAGCCUACCACCUGUACUUAUUGUUGAAGUGGAGAAUGUUAAGCAACCGUCGUACAAGCAAACCGAAGAGGUCAAGGCGCUGACUCAGGAGAUAAUCAAGACUCUGAGGGAUAUCAUCACCAUGAAUCCCUUGUACAGGGAGAGUCUCCAGCAAAUGCUGCAUCAAAACCAACGAGUUGUCGACAAUCCUAUUUAUCUGUGUGACUUGGGUGCUUCACUUUCCGCUGGAGAGCCAGCUGAGCUCCAAAAGAUCCUUGAAGAAACAGAUAUUCCAGAACGCCUGCAGCUGGCCCUGACACUGCUCAAAAAGGAACUCGAGCUCUCAAGAUUGCAACAAAAAAUUGGACGCGAAGUGGAGGAAAAAGUCAAGCAGCAACAUCGCAAAUAUAUACUGCAAGAACAGUUGAAGGUCAUUAAAAAAGAACUGGGGAUCGAAAAAGACGACAAGGAUGCCAUAGGUGAAAAGUAUCGCGAAAAACUCAAGGAUAAAAUUGUUCCCGAAAGUAUAAUGACUGUUAUUGAUGAAGAGCUGACCAAACUGAACUUCCUGGAAAGCCACAGCUCUGAGUUUAAUGUAACCCGCAACUACCUCGACUGGCUCACUUCCCUUCCAUGGGGCGUUAUUAGCACCGAAAACCUCUGUCUGGAGAAGGCCACCGAGAUUCUGAACAAUGAUCACUAUGGCAUGGAAGAUAUUAAGAAGCGUAUUUUGGAAUUUAUCGCCGUCAGUUCGCUGAAGGGCACAACGCAGGGCAAGAUCUUGUGCUUCCAUGGGCCACCUGGUGUGGGCAAGACAAGCAUAGCCAAGUCAAUUGCUCGCGCUUUAAACCGCGAGUAUUUCCGCUUCAGUGUGGGCGGAAUGACGGACGUGGCCGAGAUCAAGGGUCAUCGACGCACCUAUGUGGGUGCCAUGCCGGGCAAGCUUAUUCAGUGCCUUAAAAAGACCAAGAUUGAGAACCCCCUUGUGCUCAUUGAUGAGGUGGACAAGAUUGGAAAAGGCUACCAGGGAGAUCCAAGCUCUGCACUGCUAGAGCUCCUCGAUCCCGAGCAGAAUGCCAAUUUCCUGGAUCACUAUCUGGACGUGCCAGUGGAUCUCUCGCGAGUGCUCUUUAUUUGCACAGCAAAUGUGAUCGACACUAUCCCUGAGCCUUUGAGGGAUCGCAUGGAGUUAAUUGAGAUGUCUGGUUAUGUGGCAGAGGAAAAGAUCGCCAUCGCUCGUCAAUAUUUGAUGCCGCAGGCGAUGAAGGACUGCGGGUUGACGGAUAAGCAGAUCAACAUGACCGAGGAUGCCUUAAAUAUGCUGAUUCGUAGCUACUGUCGGGAAUCCGGUGUUCGAAAUCUGCAAAAGCAUAUAGAGAAAGUAAUCCGAAAGGUGGCCUUCCGACUAGUGAAGAAGGAGGGCGAACACUUCCCGGUAAAUGCCGAUAACCUGACAACAUUCCUGGGCAAGCAGAUCUUCAGCUCGGAUCGCAUGUAUGCCACCACACCGGUGGGCGUGGUAAUGGGUCUGGCCUGGACCGCCAUGGGUGGCUCAUCUUUGUAUAUCGAGACCUCCAGACGGCACAUACGCCACGCCGAGAAAUCGGAUAAGACCGCGGCCAGUGGAACUCUCCACAUCACCGGAAACCUGGGGGAUGUCAUGAAGGAGUCGGCACAAAUAGCCUUAACCGUUGCGCGAAACUUUUUGAACUCACUUGAACCUAACAAUUUGUUCCUGGAGCAGGAACACAUUCACCUCCACGUUCCUGAAGGAGCCACACCAAAAGAUGGUCCCAGUGCUGGAAUCACCAUUAUCACCGCCUUGGUUUCAUUGGCCACUGGCAAGCCGGUGCGUCAAGACGUGGCUAUGACCGGUGAAGUGUCCCUAAAAGGAAAGGUGCUGACCGUUGGUGGCAUCAAGGAAAAGACAAUUGCUGCUCGUCGUAGUGGCGUCAAUUGUCUGAUCCUGCCUGUGGAUAACAAAAAGGACUUCGAGGAGUUACCCACGUAUAUUACUGAGGGCCUGGAGGUACACUUUGCAACCAACUACGAGGAUGUCUACAAGAUAGCCUUUGCCGAUGCCACCGAAACGACAACCAACAAUGUGGUGGAGCAGGAGCCGCUGCAAAAGGUUUCCAGUGCGGCGGCCGCCAAGUCGGCGACAUGGCCUUAAUCGUAGCUUUAGUAUGGGGGUUGUACCGGGUGUUCAUAGUUUUUAUUAAUAUCGAACGUUAUCAGGUUAAUUAGUGUAUUUAGACCAUAGCAUUUGUUAAAGCUUAUGCCAAGUAAAUUGAAUGUACUGACGAA